UAUAUCUUCAGAAUAAUUUACAACUAUCAUGUUGAGUUAAUGUUGUAGAUUGAAGUAUCACGAGCAACACACAGUUUCUUUUUUUUCAAAAAUUUUACUUUCUCUGUGUUAAUGUUUAUCAAAAAGUCAUUGGAAGUUAAUGUUCCAUAUAUUCUUGUGAUUACCUCUGAAAAUCUGAUAUCCAACUGUUUAUGAACAAUUUUGUUUUACUCAUUUCACUAUUAUUUAAACUAUUGUUGAGAAGAAAAGACUUUUGAACACAGUUAUCAUACAAAUUUAUUUAGCUAAGGAUAAAUAUUGAUAAUAAAUAAAUGGACGGAUAGGUUGGUUGAAUUUUCUACAAAACGAUGAAUGGAUGAUUACGUACCGAUUCUUUUUAUCAACUUUCUUUAAUGAAUAGUAAGAAUUGUAUUAUAGAUAUUGGUUCAAUGUACUUUUUAAAAACUGAUAUCCAUUAUAAAAUCAUUAAGGUUGAAAAUGGUGAGUGACGAUGAAAUGAUGUAAGAUAAAUCACAGUAGGGCAUAGCUUCAUUUAUUCUCUAUCAUCAUUUAAAUCUUGAUUCAUUUAUUAUUUCCAACUUUCCAUUAUUCAAUUAUAUUUGUUCCCUUUUCGAACUUUAUUCUUCAUGUUUAGAUUUUCAUUAGUUUUGGUGAAAUUUCUCAUCCUAUGUUUCUUAUCUUGUUUAUUUCUCUUCUGUUUGUUCUGAAGUUAAAUUUGACAACUUAGAUCGAUACACACUUUGCAGGUUGUGCACUAACAUAAACUGAUUGACUAAUUGAUUGAAAAGCUACUGAAAGAUCAUAAUAAAACGAAAAUGUAUACUUUGUACAGUUGUGAACGUAAAUUGGAAAAUUCUGUGGUGCUUUACACACCAAAUUCUGAUACUUCAAUUAUAUUAGCGACAAGUUGAAUUUUAUCUUUUGAACACCUCAACAUAUUUUCCUCUUCUGCUCGACUUUAAUUCGUGAAAGACUUUUGGGUGAUCCUUAAGUAGUCCUGAGAAACUCCAACCACUUACUAAGGUCAAAGUAAGUUUAUGAAUUCAUGCAACGAAUUAGUGUUAAGAGUUAGGUUUGGAAUAAGAGUUAGGGUUUUUAUUACAGACUUGCAUCAUUGUAAGAAUGAGUUUUGCAAGAAAUUUCAAGAGGCAUUUUCGUCAAUCUGGUUUGUUCGUCUAUGAAUUAUAACGCCGCCGCCUUUGGGUGGUGGCAUGUCUCAGAGUUGGUCACAGUGGCAUAAAUGCUUCCGCUCUCUAUAUUCUGCCACAUCUCAAGCUUCUUAAUUACCUUAAGUAUUUGUUUUUUGUUAUAUCGAUCUAUUUCUUUCUUUCCAAAUUAUUUCUUCUAUGUCUAAUAUUUUUUACUAUAAUUUAUGCUGUUACUAUGUCUACUAAUCUGGCAAUUCGCUGUGCUAAUGUGUUGUGGCAGCUCGAACCGGUUUACAUAUUUGCCUGUAUCUACGUUGGGUAUGAUGUAUGAUAUUUAUUGCAAAGCCAUUUAUGAUUACAAAUAAUAAGGGUGAUAUCACCGACUUCUCUGGAGUAGUUAGUAUAUAAUACCAUACGGAGAAACUGGUUGAAAAUUAAGUUCCUCAGUCUUUUUGUCUUUUAUUCUAAAUAUCUAAAUAGCAAAUUUUGAUAUGGAUAAUCUACUUUAUUAUUAAUCAUUUAUAUGUAUUUUAUAUGUCAGUUAAGUAUAAAUUUUAUCUUGUUUAUUUAUAAAAAUAUUUGUGCUUAUGUGCGUGCUUGUGGAUGUUUCUAUCUAGCCGCCAGAGAAAAGAUUAAUGCGGAGUUUCGAGCUAAUCGAAAUGAAACUGAUACUGAAAAAAUAAACGAAUUAUUGAAAAAUGCAGAAGAUUGCGAAACGUUAAUACGAACAACAGUUAUUCAAAUGGAACUCGUCGAUGCUGAGAAAAAUGUUUAUAGAAUGAAUCUACGUGAAGAUUUAGCAUAUCAAGAUAAUGAACAUUGUGUUAAAGAUAAAUAA